AAAGUUAUAAAAAUUGUAUAAGAUAAAAUAUGAUUUAUAAAAAAAAAAUUAGUAGAAUAGCCAAAAAGAAGCGAACUCGAUUGUGAGAGACUCGGUACGGUAAAAAGAAUUUAAGGUAAGUUACAUAUAAGGUCAAUUCACUAAUUUUGUAUUAUUUUUUAAGCAAUCAUGAUGAAAUUUUUAGUAUUUAUUAUACAUGACAAAAUUCUUAACUGAUUCGUUCGUUUCUGUCUGUUACACUUUGUUCUUUUUAAAGUACAGGGUCUAAAAUAUAUAGUUUUUUUCUUUUUGUGGCACGAUUCUUGGCAUUAAUCAAUAGCGCUCUCAGUUAUCUUAAGCGACAGAAAAUGCUUAUCUAAAAAAUAAAAAGAUCUUUAGAGGGGGAUCUAGACCAAAGCCAGACACAAUUCCAGCUUGACUCUAAUUUUGAGUCGUUUAAAACGUGCAAAAUGCCGAAAAAUAGCAAACCAGACUGAAACUGAAGCUGAGAUAAGCGUGAAAACGAUAAGCACACUCAACUCAGUCUUAACUUGGCUAUAAAAGUGGCUGCAACCACGCAGAGCUGUGUUAAAGUGACAGCAAUGAGAGCAGCACAGACAACAGUUAACUGGAGUGGAUUAGCUUUGGGAUUAUUCCUAAUCUGGCUUGGAUUAAGCAAAGAGAUCUCAGCUGCCGCUAGCAUUGAUCGCGUACAGAAACAUAAUCUGGAUUUAUUAACGAAGCAAUUAAAUCGCGGCUGGCAUGCAUUCUGUGAUGCCCCUGUGGAUGAGGGCGUCAUGUCGCUCUUUGAGGGCAUCAAUCCCAGCGAUGCACGUCUCCAUGUGAUGACGAUCACCAAUCAAAGCAUUCAAUUGCCCAUCAAAUCGAUACCGGAAAUCCGUGACUUUGAUAUCAAUCCGAAACGCAGGACAUUGAUCUAUGUGAAUGCCUUUCACACGGCCGACAGUUAUUUCAGUGUGCAGGAGCAUUUGUUGUUGUUGCAACGAACACGAAGGGAUCUCAAUGUAAUCGUCGUGGACUUUGCCACAAAUGUGGCACAAUUGUACUACACGGUGCGGCAUCAUCUCUCGGUGCAUGGUUAUACAAUUUACAAGCUGUUGACUUCGCUAUCGGAGGCAGGAAUUGCCGCUGAGGAUAUUACAUUGGCAGGACAUUCGGUGGGUGCGAAUAUUGCAGCCCUGGGUGCGGAUUUGUAUGCCAAGGGCAGCAAACAAUUGGUGGGCCAACUCAUUGCCAUUGAUCCUGCCACAAUGUGCCGCACCACCGACAUUCUGGUGCGGCAGAGUGUUGCGGCACGUGUUGUCGUGUUGCACGGCGAGGGAGAUGUGUUUGGUGUGAGGUUGCCACUCGGUCAUGUCGAUAUAUAUCCCAAUGGCAUCGGCUAUUUCCCGAGAAAGAAACUCCAACCGGGCUGCGAAACUAAAAUCUGCAGUCACAUGUAUCCAUUUGUCCUGUUCAUGGAAGCUCUCAUCGAAUGCGUCAUGAUUCCAGCCACCAAAUGCGAGAAUUGGGCCAAGUUCAGACACGGCGAUUGCAGUUACGAGAACACCCUAAAUAUCGGUCUCAUCUAUCCACCGAAUGCCAAGGGUCUCUACUUUUGCAUGACUCAACCGAAUCCUCCAUUUACCUACAUGGAACACGGCCUGAGAUACAAGAGUCGACAAACAGAGUUAUCCAACGUACUGGCUUAGGAUUAAGCCAAGGAUUAAAAUUGUUGUUUUUACAUAAAUAAUCUUACUAUAAGCCAUGUUAAAGAAAAGCUUACUAAGCAUCUCAACUUAGUG